AAUGAGGUAAAUGAGAAAUGGAUAUUACCCAAAGCCAAAACGAACGAAACACGAGGGCAUCGUGGUCACAAUACAGCUCUAGAGUGCGAACCAAACGGGGGUGGCGUCUUUGCUUCUUCUCGCUCUCCAAUUUGUCCAAAUCUCUCGCCAGUGGACGAAAAUUUUUGGCCGCGGCUUUUGUAUUUCAUCGAGAGCCUAAAUAUAUCUUUUGCUCUGUUUGCUUUGAUUUCUGACCUCCAAUCUGAUUUCAAUGUUCCCCCCUUCAAUCCGUGGUUGAAUGUUAGGGUUUUGUGACUGCACGCUGAUAUGAUAGGGGCGGAUUGAUUGAUUUUGGAGUUCCUUCUAAUUUCUCAAGUAUCUGAACGUGAAGUGCGUUUAAGAUCUAUGGUUUGCGGUGCUUCGUUGAUUGAUUUUGUGAGUGUGAUCGGCUAAGUUCUGUUGGGUGUUUAAGUUCUCAGAAAUCGUUGAUUUGUGAAAACUAGGGUUUUAUGGCUGAUCGUAGCUCCGCGGUUGCCAAACCAAUAUGGAUGAAACAAGCGGAGGAGGCGAAACUCAAGAGCGAAGCUGAAAAAGCUGCAGCUGCAAAAGCGGCUUUUGAGGCCACUUUUAAGGAUGUAGACAAGAAUCGGGAAAAAGAGGCGGGGUCUACUUCUUCCGACAGUGAGGGCGAAGAAGCUGAGGACCUGGAGAAGAAGCCAAUUGGGCCGGUGGAGCCUGCAAAGUGCACUGCAGCCGGGGCUGGUAUAGCUGGUGGAGCUGCUUGUGCACCAUCUUCAUUUGUUGUGGUGACGAGGGACGUGGAUGGGAGGAAAGUCCCAAAUGGUGGUGCGCAAAUUAAGGUGAAUGUUUCACCCGGCGUGGGUGUGGGGGGAUCAGAACAAGAAGGGAUUGUUAAAGAUCAGGGGGACGGGACAUAUACGGUUACUUAUGUGGUUCCGAAGAGAGGGAACUACAUGGUGAAUGUUGAGUGUAACGGGAAACCUAUAAUGGGGAGCCCGUUUCCAGUGUUCUUCAGUGCAGGUACGACUUCUGGAGGACUGCUUGGUUUAGCCCCUACAUCAACAUUUCCAAAUCUAGUUAACCAAACAAUGCCCAACAUGCCAAAUUAUUCAGGGUCUGUGUCUGGGGCAUUUCCAGGAUUACUUGGAAUGAUUCCUGGCAUUGUUCCUGGUGCUUCGGGAGGGGCAGUUUUGCCUGGAAUUGGGGCCUCCCUUGGGGAGGUUUGCCGAGAAUACCUUAAUGGGCGUUGUGCCAAAACUGAUUGCAAGUUCAGCCAUCCACCCCACAAUUUGUUGAUGACAGCAUUAGCUGCAACAACAAAUGUGGGGACUGUGAGUCAAGUACCCAUGGCCCCUUCUGCAGCUGCAAUGGCUGCUGCUCAAGCAAUUGUUGCUGCUCAAGCCCUUCAAGCCCACGCUGCUCAGGUGCAAGCGCAAGCACAGUCAACCAGAGACCCAUCUGUUUUGGAUGACAAAGCAGGGAAGACCGACACAUUGAAAAAAACAUUGCAAGUUAGCAAUUUAAACCCGCUUCUUACAGUGGAACAGCUGAAACAACUUUUUAGCUUUUGUGGCACUGUUGUUGAAUGUAGCAUCACUGAUUCAAAGCAUUUUGGAUACAUAGAAUACUCAAAACCUGAAGAAGCAAUUGCUGCCUUGGCAUUGAACAAUAUGGAUGUUGGUGGUCGCCCUAUGAAUGUAGAGAUGGCAAAAUCACUUCCUCAAAAGCCAUCUAUCUUAAAUUCACCAAUGGCUUCAUCAUCUCUGCCCAUGGUGAUGCAGCAAGCAGUUGCCAUGCAGCAGAUGCAAUUCCAGCAAGCACUGCUAAUGCAACAAACUUUGACUGCUCAGCAAGCUGCUAACCGAGCUGCAACGAUGAAGUCUGCUACAGAAUUAGCAUCAGCUAGAGCUGCCGAAAUAAGCAAAAAAUUGAAGGCUGAUGGUAUCGGAAAUGAGGACAAGGAUGCAGACUGUAAAUCUAGGUCACCAUCCACCUCUCGUGCAAGGUCAAGAUCCAAGUCAAGAUCACCCGUCAGUUAUUGGCAAAGGCGGAAGUCUCGCUCUUUCUCUCCUCCAUCUCUCCACUCUAGAGAUCGUCGGUCAAGAUCACCAUUGAGAUCUCGCCGUUACUUUGGCUAUGAUUAUGAACGGCGACCAUACAGGGACACAAGGGACAGCAGAGGCAGAAGUAGAAGGCGGGAUUCAGAUAGAACUUAUGAUCAUCAUCCAUCUGUCUCAAGAAGACAUAAAAGUAGGAGUGUGAGCCCUAGAAAGAGAAAAUCAUAUCGAGUUGAUUCAGAAUCACCAAAUCGACGUCGAGAAAGUUCAUCACAUAGGAAGAAAUCAUCUCGUGCUAGUUCAAGAUCUCCAAGACAUAACAGAGUAAGUAGAUUAUCUCCUAGAAAUGGUGAUGAAAACAAGUCAAAGCUUAGGAGGAGUUCCAGGUCAAGAUCUGUUGAGCCUAAGCAUCACUACAGUGACAAAGUAGAUGAGAGCAGAGAUGAGAAGUCGAAGCGUCGUGACAGAAGACGAUCUAGAUCAGUAUCAGUAGAGGGUAAGCGUGGCAGAGGAAGUUGGUCAUCUCCUAGAAGCUUGGAUGAAAACAAAUCAAAACACAGAAGGCGUUCUAGAUCAAAAUCUAUCGAAGGUAGGCGGUGCGCUGAUGACAAGGGUGAAGAAUGCAGAGAUGAAAAAUUAAAACAUCGCCGCAGAAGACAAUCCAGAUCAGUAUCUGUGGAAAUUGAUCAUCAAGGUGGAAGUGGGUCGCCUAUUGAUUUGGAUGCAACCAAAUCGAAACGAAGUAGGCAGUCCAGGUCAAAAUCUGUUGAGGGUGGGAGUCUGUCUAAUGAUGUACUAAAUGAAAGCAGGGAUGAAAAAUUAAAGCAUCGGGAUAGAAGGCACUCCAUGUCAAAUUCUGUGGAGGGUAAGCAUCAAUCUAUUGACAAACUAGACAAGAGAAGAGGUGAAAAAUUAAAGCCUCUUCAGAGGAGGUCGAGAUCAAUUUCCUUGGAGAGAGAGAAUCACAGGGGAAGCAGAUCACCCUGUAGAAGAUUGGACGAAAAGAAAUCAAAACGCAGAAGGCACUCCAGGUCAAAAUCUUUGGAGGGUAUGCGGCAUUCCUUUGACAAUGUAGAUGAGAGCAGAGAUGAGAGGAAGUAUCAUGGCAGAAGGCGGUCCAGGUCAGUGUCAGUAGAAACUAAGCAUCACAGAUCAAGUAGGUUGGUUGCAAGAGAUAGUGAAGAAAACAAAUCAAAACGCAGAAGGCGUUCCAGGUCAAAAUCUGUGGAGAAUCCUCAUCGCUCCAGUUACAGACAGGAUGAAGGCAGAGAUGAAAAAAUAAAGCAUCGAAACAGAAGGCGGUCCAGGUCAAUAUCUGUGGAUGCAAAGCAUCACAGUGUAAAUAGGUCACUCCAUGAAGUGCACUCAAGGUCAAAGUCUCCAGAAGUGAAACAUCUAUCAAAUGAUAGAAGAGAUGAGCGAGCAUUGCAUCAUGAAGCACCUGAUAAAAUUGAAAAUGCUGGUAAGGAGCCAGAUUCUGCAGCUAGGGAUUUGAUGAAAAUGGAAGAUGAUGAGAUUCCAGUUUUGAUGACAAUGAUUAAUGAGAAGAAUUCCAUUCUGGAAGAGGAAAACAUACAGAAUGGAUUUGAUGGUGUGGACCCUAAACGAUCAAGUGUUGGUAAUUUGAAUGACCAGCAUUACGCUAAUGAUAAUUUUAAGGUCAUGUUAGAAGAUGAUAUGUUUGCAGUAUCCCCAGUGUCAAAGGCUGACAGGACAAAUUUCUUGUCACUCAAGGUUGAAAUGAAUCAUGUUGAACCCUGUAGAGAAGAUAUAAACCAUCAUGAGAUGGAGCAAAUGGAAUCUGGGGCUGCCUUUGAUUCAAGUUUUUCCUGCAUGGGAGAUGGGGAUGACUCUGACAACCAUGAUCAGAGCUCAGGUCUAAUUUGAGAUGCCUGUGGGCGUUCUUCAAGAAAUAUUUCUGUGUCCCAAGUUCCUUGGAAUGUGCUAUUGCUACUAAAAAGAAGAGUUGGUUCAAUUUGGAGAUUGCUCAGUGUUUAUUUCGGUACUACAAAUUUGAUGCUGAUUUUUUUGCUCUUCAUAAAUGUGCACUUUGUGUGUGUUCUUUUGCAGGAUCAAGGGGGAGAUUGGAAUUGGAAGUCUGGGCUGAUUUUCAUAUGAUUCAAUUAUUUCAACAAGUGUUCUGCUGACUCCUUCCGGGAUUGGCCCAGCAAUGUUUGUAGCAAGUUUCUAUUACUAUUUGAUGUAUGUUGGAUAACUGCCUCUGUUGCUAUCUUUAUUAACAUGUUUGUCCUAAUGAUAAUUAUCACUUGGCAUGUUUUCUUAUUCCUUUGAGACUUCAUUCAAAGAUUGAUGCAAGGAAGAUGCUCUAUGAUGUUUUGAGUCCUUGACACAAUUUUGAGUAGGAAUUAUAUGCAUCUCAAACAAUUUCUGGGCUGCAUACAAAUAUGUUUUUUGGUGGAUAAAAUAAUCAUUCUCAAUUACAUGAGCCUGCAUCAUGCUUUCAUUU